GAAAGACUUAUCUAGAUAAAUAAAUUUAAAAGUGGGAUGAAAAUGGAGCGUUUGAAUAAAAAGGAAAACCAAUACAGGCAAGUGGGAUUGUCAAAUAAAUUCGGCUGAUUUAUUCUUGAAUGAAACAAUCGACAUUCCUCCAUGGAAAUUAUUUCACCCCAUCUCAAUCUCAUCACACUCGGACUCUUCCUCUUCCUUCUCUCCUCUGUUUUCUUUCUAAAGAAGCUAACCAGAGCCUACAAAUACAGAGACCCUCCUCAGGCAGCCGGCGGAUGGCCGAUCAUCGGCCACCUCCGACAGCUGCUCGGUCCAAAACUCCCUCACGAAACCUUGGGAGCCAUGGCCGACAAAUACGGACCAAUUUUCACUAUCCGUGUUGGUGUCCACAAAGCUCUGGUUAUAAGCAAUUGGGAAACGGCUAAAGAGUGUUACACAACACAUGAUUCACUCAUUUCUUCUCGUCCCAAAAGUUUAGUUGGCCAAUUGUUGGGCUACAACUUUGCGGGGUUUGGGUUCAGACCAAAUUAUGAUUCUUUUUACCGUAGCAUUCGGAAAAUAAUAGCUUCGGAGUUGCUUUCGAAUCGGCGUUUGGAAGAACAGAGAGAGGUCAGAGUUUGUGAAGUGAAGAGAGCGGUGAAGGAGGUUUAUGAAUUGUGGAACAGAAAAACAGAGGAUUUGGUUUUGAAUAUGGAUGAAUGGAUUGGGAAUGUUAAUUUGAAUGUGAUUUUGAUGAUGGUUUGUGGGAAGAGGUUGUUUGGGGAUGAUGAGACGAUGAGACGGUGCCGGAAAGUUAUGAGGGAAUUUUUUGAUUUGGGUGGGCAGUUUAUGGUGGGAGAUGCGAUUCCUUUUUUGAGAUGGUUGGAUUUGGGUGGAUAUGAGAAGGCUAUGAAGAUAACUUCAAGGGAAUUGGAUUGUUUUAUUGGGGAAUGGCUUGAAGAACAACGCCGGAAUAGAGACUCUGCCACUGCCGCCGCCGCCGCCGAUGGUCGACGUGACUUAAUGGAUGUGAUGCUUUCGAUUCUUGAAGAAGGAAUGGAGCUUGGUGGGUAUGAUGCCGAUACAGUCAUCAAAGCUACUUGCAUGGCCCUUAUAGCUGGAGGAACCGAUACAGUCACAGUAACUCUAACAUGGGCGAUCUCAUUUUUAUUAAACAACCGAGAAGCAUUAAGAAAGACACAAGAGGAGCUGGAUAUCCAUGUUGGAAACAAAAGGCUUGUGAAUGAAUCAGACAUAACCAACUUGGUGUAUCUCCAAGCCGUAGUCAAAGAGACAUUAAGGUUGUACCCAGCAGGCCCGCUGUCGGGGAUUCGAGAGUUCAGCCAGGACUGCACGCUCGGAGGCUAUCACGUGGCCGCUGGCACGCGCCUCAUCACCAACCUUUGGAAGAUACAGACCGACCCUCGAGUUUGGGUGGAGCCUUUGGAGUUCAAACCCGAGAGGUUUGUGAGUAGCGAGAAGCAUGUGGAUGUGAAGGGCCAAAAUUAUGAACUUGGUCCAUUUGGGUUUGGAAGAAGGGCUUGUCCUGGGCUUGGGUUUGGUGUUCAAAUGACGCAGUUGGUGCUGGCUAUUUUGGUUCAUUCGUUUGAAAUUGGAACUCGUUUUGAUGAACCAGUUGACAUGGAGGCUAACUUCGGACUUACUAUGCAUAGAGUCAACCCUCUUCAAGUUAUUGUCAAGCCUCGUCUCUUACAUACUGCUUAUGCUUGAAUUUUAUAUUGGAAUGGAACUGCUUGCUGUUCUGCUUUUAAGUUUUGUUAAGUUUUAGAGACUUUCCAGUUUACAACUAUUUGUAACAUAAAAUAAAGAUGGUUGGUUUGAUUAAGUAAUCAAAUUUUGAUAUGUUGGUGGGAGGAAUUUUCUGAAA